AUGGAACGAAUUCAUCUAUGUGGUCGACGAUGGUCCGAUGCUUUACUUGCUAAAUUUGAAAAUGAAGGUGUACAUGCAUUUUUGGAAAACUUCGAAGCUGUUGCACAAAAACAUGAACGACGGCGACAAAAAAUAAAAAAAGAUGAAGAAAUCGAAAAUGAAAAACUUCCUUCUGAAUAUCGAAAUACAUUUAAUGUUAAACCCCAAAGAAUAACAUCAAAUGAAUACGAACUACUUUAUAUUGAAACAUUAUAUACAAUAAAACAUAAAAUUGGCACAACAACAUCACGAUAUAUUCAAGGUGAAAAUGAUCUUUAUGCUUAUGCACAAGAAGCAUUUGGAUUAUCAAAUGGAGAUCAUCAACGUUUAUUAGAGAAAGCUAAUGAAGAAAAACCACCAAUAUUAAUUUUACUUGUCGAAAUAGUUGAAGCAAAAGAUCUUGAAGCAAAAGAUGCAAAUGGAUUUUCUGAUCCUUAUUGUAUGUUGGGUAUUGUACCUGAAAGGCGUCAUUUUCUUACUUCUCAACAUUCAAAUGGUGGUGGUGGAUUAUCAUCAGAUGAAGAAGGAGCGAAUGCUAAUACACUACAUGAUAAUAAACUUGGUUUUAUGAAACGUUUAAAAAGUUUUCGAAAAUCAACAUAUCGACGUGGACAAGGACGUGAAAAAACUAUUUUAACAACUGGUUCAAGUCUACAAUAUCAUUCUAGUUUAAGAGAUAAACUUCCAGCAAAAUAUAUUCAAACAACAGAUGUUAAAACAGCAACAUUGAAUCCAGUUUGGAUGGAAAAAUUUCGUUUUCAUCUUGAAAGUGGAAAAACUGAAACUUUUCAUUUGGAUAUAUGGGAUCAUGAUGAUGAAUUUUCUGUAUUUGAAGCAGCAAAAAAAUUAAAUCAAGUGCAAGGUUUUAAAGGACUUAAUCGUUAUUUUAAACAAGUAGCUCAAUCAGCACGAACAAAUUAUUUACAUGAGAGUUCACAUGUUGAUGAUUUUUUGGGUUCUGUUAAUCUUAAAAUAAAUGAAAUACCAUCAACUGGCAUUGAUAAAUGGUUUUCAUUAGAAGGUCGUAGUGAAAAUUCUAAAGUUCGAGGACAAAUACAUAUUCGAGCUAAUUUAACAACACGAGAAGAUCGUGGAAUAUCUGAAGAAGAUAAUUGGACGGAUAUUAAAGAACAUGUUGAACUUUUACAAAUAUUUAUUGAUCAUGAAUUAAAGAAAUUUAAGGGUGAAACAACUCAAUGGACAGGUGAAUUAUCACGUGAUGCUGAAACAAUUUUACAUCAACAUGCAAUACAAGGUGGCAUAACAGAUAUUCAACAAUCAAUGUGUCGUUGGAUAGCAUAUUCAAAAAAACAUUCUGAACAUAUUUUAGCACAUAAAUUAUUAUUAUCAGUCACUGAACAAUUAGAACAAACAUGGAAGCCAACAUCAUUAAGUAGAGAUGAAAGUGAUGUGUUAAGAGAAGCAUUUACAUUAUUUAUAAAUCAUGGUUUUAAACAAUUAGCCAAAAUUCGAGAACUUUUUCCAGCUACUAAUAAAACUUCGAUGGAAAGACUUGAACAACUUUUAACGAUUCUCAUGAAAUUACAUAGUAUGGAAGUAUUUCGGCAUUGUUGCCCAUUUCAAAAUAGUCUACAACAUGAAAUAACAUCAAUCAUUAAAACAGGAACAAUUGAAUGGUUUAAUCGAUUGGCUACACAAAUAACAAAACCACGCUUAAGAUCUGAUGAAGAUAUAUUGAGAAAUACAAGUGAAUUGGUUUAUAUUAUGAUUGCAGAUGCUCAUUUGUGUAUCAAAUAUUACAAUCCAAUAUUUGACUCUACUGUAAAAAUGUCUUUUUAUAAUAUAUCAUUUAAAAAAAUCGAUGAAAAAUUAAUGGAUAUUGUCAUAAAAGCUCUUGAAGAAGAACUUGGUGAACAAGUUCAUCAAUGUCCAUCGACAUUCUUGGAAAUAAAAGAACCAGAUUCAGCUGAUGUUCUUGCAUUUUCAGCAGCAGCUGAACAAAUAAGUUUAUGUUUAUUUGAACUUUAUUUAUCACUUCAUGAAUUAUCAAAAUAUAAAAUUUAUGUUAAUGAAACUGAUCGAGUAAAUUUAAAAAUUACUCAGUAUUAUAUGUAUUUUGGUGCAGCUGUUAAAAAAUGGUUAUCACUCGCUCGAAAUAAAAUUCUUCAUCGUAUUGAACGUUCUGUUGAAAAUGAUAAAUAUGAAGCUGCAUUAACAUCAACACAUAAUGUUAAAUUUACGCCUUCAUCAUUAGAUGUAUCUAGUUGUUUCAGUCAAAUAUCACAAUUUUGGCGACGAUUGGCAUGGCCUGAUAUAAUCACUUCAAUAGCAUAUUUAAUAAAAAUAACUGAAGAUAUGGCAAAUGCAACAUGUCUCUAUGCAAUGUUAGUUGAAGGAAAACUUAAUGCAAGAAAAUUAUAUGAAACAAAUGAUUUAUCUUAUUAUACACAAGAACUUUCUUUAGUUGUAAAUGAUAUUGAACGUAUAAGAGAUUCAUUUAAAACUUUACCUAUUGAAUUAUCUUAUGAUAAAUUAUUAGUAGCAGCUGAAAAAUUUCAUUCAAUUGCUGUUGUUGAUGAAUAUAGAAAAAAAAUUGAAACAACUGUUGCAAUAUGUAGUCAUGAAAUUAUUGAUAAAAUUUAUCAAAUUUUAAAUAAAAUUGUUACUAAAAUGGAAAUAGAAUUAAAACAACAUAUAGUUCAUAUUAUCGACACACCAGAACAUAUUUUACUUCAAGAUACUAUUCAACCAUUGAUUACAUAUCUUGAUACUCGACUUUUACCAUUUAAAGAUUUUUUAAUAAGGCAAAAUUUUACAAGAUUAUUAGAACUUGUUUGGUCUAUUCUCAUCGAUCAAUUUCUAUUAGAAAUCGAAAAAACAUCAAAACCACGAACAACAUCAUCUCACGCACGAUUAGUCAAAGCUCUGGAUUCAUUUGUUGAUUACUUUAAUACUGAUGAACAAUGUUUACCAAAAGAAGCGCUCAAAACUGACAAAUAUAAAUUAAUAAAAAAAUUACUAAAAUAUUAUUCAACAGAUACAUAUUCAUUAAUUAAAUUAUAUUAUCAAGAAAAAUUACAAGAACAAGAACGUAUUGGUGUUAUAAAUCAAACUUUACAUCUAGCGGAUUUAGGAAAACUUUAUUGUCGUGCAUAUUAUCAUUUGAAAGAAGAAACAUUAUAUGUUGAAAUUAUAUCAUGCAAAAAUCUCAAACCGUGUGAUUCCAAUGGUUUAAGUGAUCCAUUUGUUGAAAUUCAAUUAUGUCCAAAAUUUUUAUAUCCUCAUAUUGAAAAACAACAAACAUCAAUUGUAAAAAAAACUUUAAAUCCAUCAUUUAAUGAAAAAUUUGAAUUUCGUUUAACAGAAAAAGAAUGUACUUUAUCCGGUGGUUUUAUACAUUUUAUUGUAAUGGAUCAUGAUUUAAUGUGGUCAAAUGAUUUCGAAGGUGAAGCUUUUCUUGAAAUAUCAAAAUUACCUGGAAUUCCACAUGAUUCGACUAAUGAUUGUCGACCUUUAGAUGAAUUAAAAAAAAUUGAACUUUCAUUAACACAUCCAAAAGCUGUACGAAGUCGUAUUAUUGAAAUAUUAGAACAACGUCUAUCAGAUAAAACGGCUAUUGAAUUUGUUCGACAACGACGUGAAGCAGAAAAUCAAUAA